UACACGUCAAUAAUACACUAUGUAAUGAGAAUAAUAUUGAAUAUUGCAGUUGUCAAAAUGAUGACAGAAAUCAAAUACUUACGACCGCGGAGAUACAUGAAAUGCCAUUCUCUUUGCAGAAAGCUCACCAGUUUAGUAAUGUCCAAGUUGUCGAAGUUGAACAUCUUAAACCUGCAGUUAACACCCAAAAUGAACUAGCUUCAAGCUAGUAAAUGAAAUCGUUUGCAAUGCAACAGUUUACGGCCAAGAAGAAAAUGCGGAUUUUCAACAGAAUGUAGCAGACGACAUCAGUCACUUAGUUCUUCCAAUAAAUAUUGUUUCGAAAAAACAACAGAAAGAAAAAACAAUGCUCAAAAAAAAUGUGCUGGGAAAAGGAGCCUCCAGUGCUGUAAAAGAGAAUGUGGAUCCCGAAAAUAUUCACAUUUCUGGUGGUCCUUAUUAUAGCCUAGCAAAGAUCAAUGCUAAGCUAGAAGGUAUUAAAAAAACAAUUACAAAAAAUAAAACCAAAAUAAAGCAAAUAUUAGAAGACACGGCAGAAAUAAAAAAUGAUGUAUCAAAUCUAAACAGUAAUAUAAUAAACUUAACUCAAAUGAUGCAAACAAAAAUUGCCCACUCUAUAGCCGCAUAAUUCAAUGAUGUAAAAAAGGAUGACUUAUUUGAAAUGGCUACACUACCAAUUCACACAAUAGAGAGGUUCCUUAAAUUCAACAGACUGCUACUUGCGAAGGAGUAUCUAGAGCAGACGGCUAUCAGACUAAAGGACCUAGUUGUUACAUCAAAUAGUCUUAAGAAAUCCGUGAGAAUUUUAAUGGAACGCGUGGCAAUAUACGAUGUGUAUGAAAACUUCAGUUGGAGUGGAAAAUCAGGGAUAUUAAACGAUAAUGUAACAAAACUAGUAUUUUCCGAUUUGGAAGGCAUUAUUAAUCUUGUGAUGGUUACAAUAAAAAUGAAAUGUGAAGAACCCAGAGAAAAUGUCGUCAAGGCUCUAAAAGAUUUUUGUAAAAGAAGUUCGCAAAAUAAGAAGCGGGUUGAAGAUAAACAAAGAAAAGCCGAAGAAAAUGUGUAA